AUGGCCUCGACGACCCCCGCCACUGCCCCUCCAGGCUCGACACAUCACCACCGCACAUCCUCACACUCCAAGACUUUGCCCUCGCGUCCCACAACGCCUCUGCGACCACCCUCCCGGACCAGCCUACGUGCUUCGCAGACUACUCCGAGCAAUACCAAUCCAAGUGGCAGCAAUGCCGAUUUCCCUCUCGCCUCGCUCGAAGGUGCCUUCGCCGAGUUCAGCGACAGCAUGGCUGACCUCGAGGCGAAUUUCAUGCAUCUACAACUGCUGAAUGAGAGCUUGGGAAGGUUCAAUGAGAACUUCGGAGCAUUUCUCUAUGGUCUGAAUAUGAGUGCAUUCUGUGUUGACUUUCCUGAGGCACCAAUCCCACAAUCCUUUGCCCGCCAUGCGACUUCCUCCUCUCAGUUAGCUGACUCGCCCUUCCGUUCCUCCCACCCUAUGACAGGUACACGAAGCGGGAUGGACGGGCAAGGAGACGCCGAUGCGACGUUCUUGACUACCGACACAUCUUUCGUGGACAACCCACCCAUGAGCAGUAAGCCCUCGAGCAAGUACUCUGCCCCGCCAUCGGCUGCGAGCUCGAGGCAGAGUAUGAUGCCUGGACGAGGGACGAGUACUCGUGGUAGAGUGGGUGUGGCGGUGGGCCGAGGUGCCAGAGGGAGCACUAGUGGCGUAGGAAGGGGCGGUACUGGAGUUGGUCGAGGAACUGCACGUGGUCGCGGAAGUGUUCGAUGA